GCUGGUAACUAUUACAUCUGCCUCAAAGCCUGGUUCAUCACUAUUACAUCUGCCUCCCAGGCUGGUAACUAUUACAUCUGCCUCAAAGCCUGGUUCAUCACUAUUACAUCUGCCUCACGCUGGUCAAGAAUAAAUCUCCAGGGGUGUGAAGACAGUGUACCUUAACUGAUAAAGGGGAUUGACACUAGUCAACACUGCAAAGGCUGGUUGAUAAUGAUAGCUGCCUCACAAGUUGGUCAAUGUUUCUGCGGCCACUCAAAACCAUGAAUCCAUGGAGCCAUUGAUACCCCCUCUUACAAAACACACCAGUUCCCCUUGAAGAAAAUCUUCCCUUAUGUAUUGAUGAGAGUAAUGAGGCUAAAAUCUUAACAUUGAUGGUUGUAAUUGAGAUUCUUCAAAUAGCCAGCCUUUCAUCAUCAGUGUGUGUGACCUUAGAAGUAUGUGGUGUUUAUUAACUCUGUUUGGGGUUUUCCAGACAAACGUGGAGGGGGCAGUCUGCAGCAUUGGCAGCUCCUAGACCGGAUCCUGCAGCAGAUAGUCCUGCAGGAUGAGAAGGGGGAGGACCCGGAUGUAGCGCCCCUGGACAACUUCAGUGUCAAAAAUAUAAUUCGCAUGUGAGUAGCCUGGCCUCACACUAUUUGUGACACACAGACACAGACAAACAUAGAUACACACUCUCACUCACGGACACAACCAAAAACACGCCCUGAUGUUGGCACCCGCAAUGUUGUUUAUGAUCAUGUUUCUUCAUGUUAUCAAGCAACUGUGUUGAUAAAAUGUUGAUAUAUAGAGCUAUUAUGAGAUAUUUUCUUUAUUGCUAGAGCUGUAAAUAGAACCCGACUGAACCAAGUAGGAAAUUCAAGAGACACAGGGAAGCAUCCUUUCGGCAUUACAUCUUGUGCAGAUCAAAGACUUCCUUGACAUCGACGGCUGCUGUUACGACACAAUGUUUCAAGCUUGGUGGGAACACACAACAAUACUGAAAUAGCUCACUGUUUGCUCACCAGAGUUCAAAGAGAGUGAAGAGAAAGGGGUGCAUAUGUUGUUCACAAAACUAGACAGAGGAUUUUAACUGGAAAUUCAACAUGGGCUGUGGUCCAAUUCCCUACCUUUAUUAUCAGUCUGCAGCCCUUCACUCCCCCUUAUGGAUACAGAAUGGACUGAUAUAGGAAAUAUGUCAAAGACACCCUCUAGCCUUAACAUACACCAAUCUAAUGCUAUAAUUUCCACAAGGGGGGAGUGAGCAAGUGUACCCUUCACGGACAAGGUAUAGAAAAUCGGACUGCAGCAAUAAGCUGGGCCUGAGUGAGGAUUCAGGGAAUGUGAUUGGUCAGAAUGGGGAGGUGGGGUGGCAGCAGGGGGUUGUGGGAUUGCACGGUACCUGCCUCGCUCGGUGAGGUGAAUUGUCUUGAAAGCAGAAGCGAGAUCAAAAGGAAUUGCUGUAAUCGUGUUAGCCGAACGACUCCACGAUUCCCAACCCAGUCGACCAUGUUACAUUGAAGCAGUUGUUUGGUCAGAUAAAGAAGGGGGAAAAAUAAUAACUGUAACACUUGACUUAAAGCAUCUCAGUAUAACUUGUUAUAAGCAUGUAUGAGCCUUUAUAAUGUCUUAUAACUAAGGCCCUGUGUUUUGGGUAAUCAUGUCACAUGACCUGGAUUUGUCAUCAAACUGUCCCCUUUUCGUUUUAUUGUCAGAUGUUCCAGUACCAUCCUCAGAUAAUUGCUUUCAUUUUUGGUCUAAUUCUAAUUUCUGGACAAAGCAACAAAAAAAAAUGACAAUCCAGGUCAUGUGACAUGAUUAACCAAAACACAGGGCCCUAAUUAUAACAAGGCUUUUAUAUGGUAUGUCUCUCUGCAUACAAUUCUCAACUGUUUCAAACUGUCUGUUAUUUUGUCCGGAUCAUUAUGAGACGAUUGUAAGACAUUGUAAAGGCGUCAUACUCAUGAAAAAUCUUACAAUGCAUUAGAAUUGCAUUGUAAGCCAUUAUACCUGGAUGCUUUAGGUAAAGUUUUACCAGAGUGAUCAUUUGAGCUGAAAAACAUUUUAGAAAUAUGUCAUCAAGGGGAAUAUUUACAUUGGUUCUGGGAGAGAUUUCCUUUUGAAUGGUUGUAGACAGGUUUGUUUUUGAGGUUGGGGAAUUUUAAAACAUAGGCAUCUGAACCCAUAUUCCCUGCUUUGUGCUGUAAUAAUGUACACAGUGUUAAAAGACAGAAUUCAGGACUCCUUCCUCAUGUUUCACUUGACAUUUCCAAGUUCUGUCUCUAUCCCCCUCUCCAUCUCUGUCUCCCUUCUUCAUCUUUCCCUCUCCCUCCCUCUCUUCCUCCCAUGUCUCCUCAUAGUCAUACUGUACACCCCCUCCCUGUCUCUCCUGUCAUUUUUAAAACAAGCUAAGAGCAAUGAUUAAUGUGUUUAGUCUUCUCGCUGAAAGCACUACAAAGCAUCGGGGAGGAAACUUUGGCCAACGCUAGCUACUCAAUUGUCUUUCACUAACCAUUGUUUGUAUAAUCAGCACACUUAGGUGUAAUUAUUUCCAGUAGCAAACAGGGCAAGUUUGGACACAAGUCCGCCAAUUGUGCCUUCAUAAAACAGUUGAAAUAUAUACUACAUACUGUAUACAUUAAUGGCAGGCUUGUUUUGUUUCCAUAUAAACCCUCUUAGGGUAAAUAGUGCUUGGAAAAGAGUAGAAGUUGAGAGGAAGAGAGUAGAAGUUGAGAGGAAGAGAGUAGAAGUUGAGAGUGCAUUUCCUGGCUUUGGUGGCUUGUCGAAAGACUACAGUAUGGUUAAGCAUCGGAGCCGUUGUUGUUGAUGGCAACUAAGGGUUUGUCUCGUGCACAGACGCUCAGGAGUAGACGGUCUGAAAACAAAUGAGGACAAAGUCAUUAAUCAUUUGUAGUCGCCGGGAAGACCGCUCCGACCGCUCGCCUGCACCGACAGAAAUGAACACUCAGCAAAACAGAUUUUUAAACUAACACAUCUAGUGCGGUAUAGUGAGUUCUAGCAAAUAACUGUCAUACGUUGAUAGGUUUGAGCUGUUUAAUGUACUUGGUUCUGAGAUAUAGGCCUUGUCAAAAGUUUUUUCCCAGGUACACUGUGCUUUCACAGUGUAACAAAGUUUUAUAUAUUUACAAAAGCGCACUAGUGAUCUCAAUUUGGUUAACACCUAAGUCACCUCGUCAUCAUCAUCUCUUGUAGGUAUGAAUCUGUGCCAACUUAUUUGGCCAUUUCCUAGUCAUCAAUACACGUUCAAAACAAUGUGUCCAUGUUGUCUUUCUGUAUCUUCAUUCUCGUUCUCUCGCUCUCUAGCUCUCUUGCUAUCUCGCUCUCGCUCUCUCUCUCUCAAACUCUAUUUCCACUCCUUCACCUCCACCAUUGCACCAUGUGUCUCUUUCCCAACCUCUCCAUCAUCCAGUCCUUCAUGGCGCUUCCAUUUAUCAUCUUUACGAUUGCUUAGUCUCUCUCAUUGCUUUCAUAUACAAUCUCACACUUUCACACGCUAUCAAACAUACUGUACCACUGUACCUAUUGUAACAUAUAUCAGGACCCGUAUUCACAAAGAGUCUCGGAGUAGGAGGAGUGCUGAUGUAGGAUCAGUUUUACCUUCUAGUUUUCCAUAAAUAAGUUGAAAUGGACAGGGGCAACCUGAUCCUAGAUCAGCACUCCUACUCUGAGGUACUUUUUGAAUACAGGCCUUGAACUCUAACCUGGUAUAAUGUAUAGCAUUGACAUUGUCAAUGAGCAUUUUCCUCACAUCCAUGUAUUGAAUUUAAUGAAUUGACCGUUUGACUCGAAUUGACGUGGACCAUCGAGCCCUGUUACCAAUUGGACUUUGAUCAGGUUUAGAGCUAUUUUCAUUGUCUUUCCUCACAGGUUGGUCAAUGAAAAUGAGGUUAAGCAAUGGAGAGACCAAGCAGAGAAGUUCAGGAAAGGUAAAACGGUAUCUUCUAGCUCUACUGAUUUGAAACAUCACCGUCUGCUGGCCAUAGUGCAGAAGUGGAUCUUCGAAAUUGUGUUAUGCCUUUGGCCAGAGAUGCAGAGAGUUGUGUGUGUGUGUAUUUGUGUCGGAAUGUGUCCUUCUGUUUGUUUGUGAGUGUCUACUGUGUGUGUGUGUGUGUGUGUGUGUGUGUGUGUGUGCAAGUCUGAGUGCUUGCAUGUGUGAAUUUGAGAAUGUACAACAAUUUGAACAGCAAUGACAUCUCCUACACAUUACACCUUGUGCUCUUUUAGACCACGCAGAGCUAAUGGCCAAGAUGGAGCGGAAAGAGAGAGAAUGUGAUACCAAGACGCAGGAGAAGGAGGACAUGAUGAAGACCCUCAACAAGAUGAAGGACAAACUACAGAGAGAGGGAGUGGAGUUGCGGUCAGCGCGGGACCAAGUGCUCGACCUACACUCGCGCAUCAGCGACAUAGCAGUAAGCAUGCUGUCACAAUGUCUCUUCUUGUCCCACUGUUUUAGUCUGUGUCUACACAGAGACGGAUGAAAUCAUAUAUACAGUCAUUAUUGUCCGUUUUUGUCCAUCAAAAGUCAAUUAUUUUGGGACAAGAUGCAAACAUAUUGUGUGUAUUUUUUGACGGACAAUAAUUUCAGUUGUCCAUCAUCCAACAAAUGACUUCCAUUGAAAGUAUUAAUUAUUAGAUGCAAAAUCUCUGUAUGUCCGUAGCCUUAGGGUUGGCAAAUUGUAGUUAAAUAUUGAGAUUCAGAAAAUCUAGCAAUGUAGUUUCAACAGUAUACAUAUUUUUACACAUAUUAAGAAAAGGUAAACACACAGUCAUGUUCAAUUACAUACUGUUCGAAGGUUGGUUUGAAACCACAUUUUACGUUCUUAAUGUAAUGCCAAAUGCUCCAUAGUUUGUUUUGGUUUAAUGGUGUGCAAAUAAAAGUAUUUAAUAGAUUGUUUGAUUUUCUCAUUUCUAACUAGUAAACGCCCCGUCUUUUUGUCUUUCUUUCCACCAAUAGGGAGACAACGUACCUUUCCCCCCUCCGCCCCCUGGUGGCCCCCUCCCCCCUCCCCCCAUGACGGGAGGCUUCCCCCCUCCCCCUCCGCCAUUUAGCUGCCCUCCUCCUCCCCCUCCUCCACCUGGAGGCCCGCCUCCUCCUCCUGGAGCUCCGCCCAUCUUCUCUGGAAUCCCACCUCCUCCGGGCCCACCUGGAUUUGGUACUACUGCUACCAUGCGCUCCAAGUCUAUCCCACAGCCCUCGCACCCGCUCAAAUCCUUCAACUGGGCCAAGCUGGGCGAGGUAAAGAGCACUGGUCUGUUGUCUGUUUGUACCGAAAUAACCACUUCUAGGGCUACAUUUAAUAUAAAUAUAAAUAUAUAUAUAUAUAUAUAUAUUUGUGUUAAUGUAUUAACGUGUAAAUACAUGUGUAAAAUAGUAAAACAUAUUUGAUUAUUUCAGAAAAAUGAUAAAUGACGAAUGUCUUACAAGUACUUACAGUUGCCCACAAUGGCUAGCAUAGCUAACUUGCGAGUUAAUUAACUAACCCAAUAGGUGGCCAUGGGCACAAAAAGUGCAUGUGUACAUUCAUCUUUCAUUUUGGGGACAAAUUAGACUUCCACAGAUAUGAAGUGGAGGAUGUUAGCAAUCCAGCAAGGUCCUUACAUUGGUGAUUGAUGAAUGUAUAUUGCAACAGAACACUGUCCUAUCAUUUCACUAUGGGCUGAAUGGAGCCCAUUUUGUUGAAUUGAGUUUCUCAGGACAGAGAAUAUGCAGUAGACUCAAUUCUGCCCUGGGUUAACUUUCAGUAAGCACAACAUUUAUUACAUGGGUCCUUCCAACGAAAUGUGUGGCUUUUGCAUCCCUUUGAUAUUUUAAGUAGAAGCGAUGAACCAAUAUUGCAUUUUAAAAGCCUGUUAUAUUAAAUGAAGUACCCUUUAAUAUAGACCACAUGGAGAAUUCAAUAAAUCCGAUUUUUUAUAUGAGUAAAGGCUUGCUAAAGUGCCAAAAUUCCACAUUUUGGCUUCCCCUCCGUCAACCCUGUGUCGUUUCUCUGAAGAUUUUAACCCAUAAUCCAAAACUUUCUCCAAGUUUUACCAUCAUUGUAAAGCCCUAGUUAUUUUGUUGCUUUGACAAAGUCAUUUCUGAAGAUUAUUAUUAGUGAUUCAUUUAGAUAUGUCCCUUAUUUUAAGGUCAACCCUGUUACGUGAACUGAACUCUUGUUUUAAUAUGGUGAAACUGUUCCUUUAUCAAUAUAUAUUUUUAAAAAAACAUUGAACGUCUAAUAUUCAAAUCAUAGAGUAAAAACAGGUAAGCUGGUUCUACAAUUUUUUGCCAUUUUCUGGUGUUUUGUGGUGGAAAACUGAGCGGGUCGACCAUAACACGUCAACCCUGUUACCCAUAAAUAGGCUAGAAAUGUUUUAACAAUUUCAUUUUUUUGGUGAAGCUUGCAUUCAAUUGCCAAUCCCUGUUGCACACAACAAGCUUCCAUUACCCGUCACAAGGGGAUUUAUGGCUGAUUUAAGAAGAAAUCGUCAACCCUGUCACGGUCAACCCUAUUACUUUUUUCGGCACUUAAUACGCACUUACUAUAGCUAUUUUUUUAUUUAACCUCUUGAGAUGUGAAAAUGUGUUUUUUAUUAAGUUGACAAAAUGCUAAAAUUUGUUGAAAUAAAACAUUUAUUUUGACCUAGUUACACUUCUCAAAAGGUGAUGCAGGACUUAAAGUUACCCAAAAUGGCUAACAUUGCUAACUUGCUAGCUAAUUAGCAAACUAGUAGGCCUACGCAGUAGACUGUUCUGGGGCUAACUAUUAGUUAGGGCAUCAUUUAUUACAUCCUAACAUUCUUACACUUACAUUCGUCUGCAAUCAUCUCUGGUUCCCCCCAAAUCCUGGAUUAUCCAUGAAUUACAGUUUAUAAUCUGGUGUAGGGUGAAGUUUCGCAUUUUCCCCACUAAUGGUUAAGGUGAGGAUCGGUGGAAGGGGAAGCUGAUCCUAGAUCUGUACCUGGGGGAAACGUCAGAGUUAAUAAUCCCUCCUCAAUUUAUGGCCUCCCUAUGUCCCGCCUGUGUCCCCCGCAGAACAAGAUCACUGGCACCAUCUGGCACGACGUCGAUGACCUGAGGGCCUUCAAGAUCCUCGACCUCAAGGACAUCGAGAAGAUGUUCUCGGCCUAUCAGAGACAGCAAGUAUGGACGCUUUGAAUUGAUUGGAUAAAUGAAACAGCAUUUUUAGUCUUGUCACCCAAACUGUCAAAUAUCAUGGGGAUUGAUGUGUGUCUGUGUGCGCGCAGGUGUGUAGUGUAUAUAAAAGACACAGACAUGCACUGUGUGGUUGCAGUGGCAGAAAGGGAUUGAUUGUGUUUGAAGUAAUGCAUUGAGCCUUGAUAUCUUGGUGUGUGUGUGUGCGUGCGUGCAUGCAUGCGUGCUUGUGUGCGUGCUUGUGCCUGUCUGUGUGAGACAGAAUGUGUGUGUGUGUGAGUGCGUGCGCAUGUGUGUGUGUUUGAGUGGUUUUGAAGAGGACCUUAGUCCCAAAGCCAGGAGUCUGGCUUACCCCUGGCUUUAGGCUAACCUUAGCUGCUGUUCCCUCCUGAAUGGCUGAUUGUGUGAAUGCCAAAGAGCUGGAGCAUGCAGUAGUGUCUUCACAGGCUCAUGUGCUACACCCCAAAUGGCAAAGUAGGGCUGUGGUGGUCAUGAAAUUUAGUCAGCUGGUAACUGUCAUGCAAAUAAUUGCCGGUCUCACGGUAAUUGACCGUUAAUUAACAUAAACACAUUUAGCAUCUCUGGGCUUCCACGCAUAGCCUACAAGCCACUGAUGCGGACCUUUGGAACAUCUAGGCCUACAUUAUAAAAAGUAUAAUAAAUCCAUUUAAUAUAGCCUACACCAUCACAAUAAACCCAUUAUUUAUUUUAGGCAGGUCUAAAGAAACAUGAUAUGAAGAAAAUGUAGCCUAUUUCAGAAGAACAGAAUAGCAUAUUCUGAGUUGUCCUUAUGUUAGUCCCUGAUCUGGCUAUGCCAUAUGACUAGUUCAUUUAGCAGACAAGAUUUGUUUAUAAAGUGGCAUUAUUAAUAUACAUUUUUAGUAAGAACAAUACAAUUGAACAUAGCUGAAUAAAAUAGAAAGGAUAUUUUUCUCCAAGCAAUUUCCGAGAGAGUGCAAACAUUCUGUGUUGAGCAGUUAACAAAGUGAUAAUUUGAAACAGGUCCUCCUAUAUGCUUAAUUUAGUUAUUUAUGCAACUUUAGUUGUGAUACAAACCUUGGGCUAGCUAUAUGUUUUGAUUUCUAAUACAUUCUAAGGCUGCAUGAUGUGACUAAUGAUGAUUUGAAAAAAGUUGCAUGAAAAUCAUGCACUCUGCUCUGUUUCUUGGUCAUAGGUCUAUAGGCUACGUUUAGAGUUAUUUGGUCACUUUAGUUGUGAUACAAACAUUAUCAAAACAUACACUGAGUGGGGCCUGUCGAGGUACGCAGUGGUCUAAGGCACUGCAUCGCAGUGCUUGAGGCGUCACUACAGACCAGGGUUCGAUCCCAGGCUGUGUCACAGCCGGCCGUGACCGGGAGACCCAUGAGGUGGCGCACAAUUGGCCCAGGGAAGGGUUUGGCCGGCUGGGAUUUCCUUGUCCCAUCGCACUCUAGCGACUCCUUGUGGCGGGCCGGGCGCCUGCAAGCUGACUUUGGUCGCCAGCAGGACAGUGUUUCCUCUGACACAUUGGUGCGGCUGGCUUCCGGGUUAAGCAAGCAGUGUGUCAAGAAGCAGUGCGGCUUGGCAGGGUCGUGUUUCGGAGGACGCAUGGCUCUCGAACUUCGCCUCUCCCGAGUCCGUAGGGGAGUUGCAGCGAUGGGACAAGACUGUAACUGCCAAUUGGAUAUCACGAAGUUGGGGAGAAAAAUGGGUAAAAAAUAGUGCCUUAUUCCGUUUGAUGGUAUUCCAACGGUUACAAAUGACUAGUGUUCUUUUAUAGACUUUUAAUUGGUCAUUUUAUCCACAAAUGUCAUUUUUUAAUGGGUUGUUGACCAAAACCUUUUAUAAACUCAUCGCAAAUAUCACCAUACCAUCAGUAGUGAUGAAACAAGCCCUUGAAGACUUUCGAUGAAGCAAGCCCCCCAGAGACAUCUGCACUUCUGCUAUGUAGUAUGUAGGCUCUAGUUGCUCUAUAGCUAGCUACUGUGGUUCUGCCUUUCUUUGCUGGCUUGAAGUGCUAACCUAUGCAUGUGUUUCGAUUUUGGUCUCUCUCUCUCUCUCUCUCUCUCUGCACUCUCUGACUACCUGGGCAGGAGCUGCUCACUAACCAAUCCUUCAAACAGGUGAGUCUCGGGUCUCUCGCGCUCCCACACUGUUACCUCUGUCUCUCCUUCCCUCCCUCCCUUCCUCACUCCCUUCUCCAAGCACACAUGGGCUGCCACCUGGAGAGUCAUGUAGUGUUUGAAGUAGCUAGUGGAGUUAUUGGUCUUUUGACCUCAAUGGGACUUUCUGGUUAAUUAAAAGUUUAUAUAAAUGUUUUAAUACAUAUUGGAAAAUUAACCAUUUAUAGUCUAUUUCAAUUUAAUUGAAUUGGUUUGCUUGAUAAGAGGUUAAUAAGCAUUGCAAAUGUGUUCUAAAUUGACUUACCUGGAUAAAAAAUUGUUAAAUUAAUAAACAAAUAAUAACAGUAGAGAUAGAUCUGUUUUAACAGUGAUGGGAGACAUUGGAUUCAUGAACCUCAAGGGGGGAAAGUGGGUUGUGCUUUUAAUGAUACCUUAGUACUAAAACUGUCCAUUUAUGUCAGUCAGCGCAUGUCUAAAUGUGUCAUGGUAGCAGAGUCGGGGUUAGUUCAACUUCAAUUCAGUCAUUCAGGAAGUAAGCAAAUUGGAAUGUGAGCUUACUUCCUGAAUUGACGGAAUUUAAAUGGUAUUGACCCCAACCCUGACAUGUACAGUACCUGUGGGAAAGCAAUCAGUAGUAAAUCAUCAGUCAGUUGUUAACAGCACUUCUCAGUUCUGCCCUUAGUUAGGUUCAUGAAGCCUAUAAUGCCCCUAGUUGGGUUCAUGAAGCCGAAGUGUAAUUUCACUAUCAAUCAUCAUUGUCAUAACCAUCAUCAGCAUUAUCAUAACCAUCAUCACUAAACUAAAAUGAACUAUGUAAGAAAAGUAUGAAGGGGAGCACAGUUAAGUCCACUUAGCUAAAGCCCACAAACUAGUGUUGCCAAGAACACAAAAAAGGUUCCACCAACUACCGUUUGAUCACCUCAGUUCAUCAUAACAAUUAUAAAGGCAUGGAUAUCUUGAGCGUGUGAGUACAUUUACAUUUACAUCAUUUAGCAGACGCUCUUAUCCAGAGCGACUUACAAAUUGGUGCAGAGUAGAGAGAGAUAGCAGGGUUUGGCGGCCGCAGUACAGCAAAUGGGAGUGGUCCCUGUGCCGUCCUACCAGUCAGGCUUUGCCGUAGAACUAUUGGUCAAUGCGGGCAUGGAAGAAAAGCGGCUUUCUUUGGAAGCCAGCAGCUGUUUCACAUUUGUCAUCCUCCCCGUAACCCCAAAGGGACAUUUCGGAAGAGCAGGAAGCCUGCUUUGGCCAUAAAUACAAAUACUUUUGAACAUUUCAACCCCAGACAGUUUUUAAACAUCUAUUCGUUCCCCUUGUGGAUUUGUGUGAAGCUUACCAAAAUAUCUGACAGCCUGCCUCGAGCCCAGUCCGUAGUGCCGUUUUCUGCCCUUUCGGAGAUGUUUAUGGAAUAGCCUGCACUGUGUUCUUGAUGGUGACUCACCAAAAAGCUUUCCUUCCAAGACCUGUUUUAGAUUUGCUGCUCGCACCAACAUGGACUUUUGAUGCUCUUUUUUUCAUGGCUUUUCUGAACUGUUUUUAUAUGCCUGACUGCAACGCUUCAUUUCAGCAAAAUGUUUAUAAGACCUCCAUAACACCCUCAUAAGUGACGUGAGUGAAACCUGACAUAAGCACUCGGUGACAGUUGAAAACCUUUCCUGGCUCCAGGUGCCUUCGUCAAUGGUUCCGGGAAGGGCGAAUGUGACCAAAGGCCAACAUUGGCACAACCUUAGCAUUCAACCAUAGGGAUAGUACAGUAUGGUAGUAUUGUGGGCAGAAUUAAAUCUAGGCGCUUUAAAUGCCCUUCUCCUGCACUAAAGUGUCAAUAUGUCACAUUUCACAUGAAAAGAAGUGGCAUCACACUUCUUCCAUCCAAUCAUAUGCCAAUAGGCCUCCAGGUGUCAGUGCAGAACCCUGAGGGUGUUGUGUGAGCUUUAAACUGAAUAUGGGUUCGUCCAAAAUGGCACCUGUAUUCUUUAUAUAGUCCAAUACUUUUGACCAGGGCCCGCCUUCGUCAAAAGUAGUGGACUAUAAAGGAAAUAUUCUCACUUGAUGUGUCAAUACUGUAUACUGUCAGACACUGAUCUCGUUUCUUCUCUCUUCUCUCUCUGUGAAGAAAGAAACAGGCUCGAUGGAUGACCUGUACCUGAGCACGCGCAAGGUGAAGGAGCUGUCGGUCAUCGACGGUCGCCGCGCUCAGAACUGCGUCAUCCUGCUCUCUAAGUAUGCACAAUCCCCUCCUGUGUCGAUGCUAAGUCAGUUGGUGUAACACUGGGACAACAGGACUCAGUACAUUUAGACACAUACAGAAAUAGAGGGGGUACAGAGAGGUGGGAGGAAUAGUUGGAAGGGUGGACUCCGGGAUUGAACCCCGGUUUGGUGGGGAGCAAUAUACUGUAUGUGCCUAGAGCGUUACCACUUGACAACAGGCCCCACAUAUAGGAACUCAGUGUUGUUUUUUUACACACAUCAUGUUAUAGUCCGGUCCCAGAUCUAUUUGUGCUGUGUAGCCAACUACUAUGGUCGUUAUAGGAGUUAGCUAUACAACACAAACAGAUAUGGGAUACAGGCUAAUCACAUUAUAAUUCUGAACCCUUGUAACCAUAAAGAUGGCAUUAUAUGGUAAUAUAUAUUUGCAAUAUAUUAUGUUAGAAAGUAUGGAAGGUACCCUGAAUAUACUGUAGGCUUUACUGCAAAGUAAGUACACGAUAACUCAAUUGACGCCUCUGUGGUGCCGUGGUAGCAAGGAGGUGCAAGGGACCUCCGAGGGUCAAGCAUUCCACAGGGAUGCUGGCCCAUGUUGACUCCAAUGCUUCCCACAGUUGUGUCAAGUUGGCUGGAUGUCCUUUGGGUGGUGGACCAUUCUUGAAAUACACGGAAACUAUUGAGCGUGAAAAACCCAGCAGCCUUGCAGUUCUUGAGACACUCAAACUGGUGUCUGGCACCUACUACCAUACCCUUUUCAAAGGCACUUAAAUAUUUUGUCUUGCCCUCUUCACCCUCUGAAUGGCACACAUCCAUGUCUCGAUUGUCUCAAGGAUUAAAAAGCCUUCUUUAACUUGUCUCCUCCCCUUCAUCUACACUGAUUGAAGUGGAUUUAACAGGUGACAUCAAUAAGGGAUCAUAGCUUUCAGUGGCAGUGUGUUUUUAAUGGACUCACAAGGAGGAGGACAUAUGUUAAGGAAAUGUAAUUACAUAGUAUUUAUUUAGCAGAGCAGGGAUUUUCAAACUGGAGCCAAGGAUGUGUGAUUUGAAAAACAUGACACUCCUUUUUGCUGAUGUUGUCGAAGUAAUUGGGGAAUCACAGUGAUAAACAUGACUGAAAUGACACAAAUGUCUAAAACUAGACAAACAUGAUACCUUCUCCUCGGUGGAUGUCCAGUCACAUAACAUCUUGACUGGGAUAAAUAUUUGUCACUUCAAGGGAGCUAUCUUCUCCCCCAAUUCACAAUAUGGCCAUGUGUAUGCUUUAGUGCCCUAAGAGAGAUGAUUGAGAGUCCUGUCCCACUUCACAGAUCAAUAAACAGGAUUUUAGAGCCCCCACAUGCCCUAGAGUUCAGGUUUCCCUGUCAAUGCCUACGUACCAAAUGGCACCCUGUUCCCUAGGUUGUGCAUUACUUUUGACCAGAGCUCUAGGCCUAAGGGUCCCAUUUGGGAUAAAGUCACUGUUAAUGGCAAAAAACCAGUAGGUACAUACACAGGCCCAACCAGGUCCAAAUGAGGUCAGUCUGUAGUCAAUAGGGCUUUGUUGUUGUGUACUGCCAGAGAGUGUCAUCGAUCCAAACCCAAUUCAGUGGGCAUUGAUCAACUCUGCUGCUGAUAGCUGUUGGCCAUGCUCACGAGGUCGAGUAAGAUCAUGGAAGUUACCGUACAGUACUACAGUACAUUGGACUGAUUGUGUUGCUUGUAUUGUUGGUUUUUCAUUAGUCAAACCUUUGAUUACCCAAUUGAACGGAUAGGCUGAUGUGCUAGUAUUUUAACAAAACCAAUUUACUGUGGAUGGGGAACUCAUUUUGCCAGGCUAUUUAAUGUGAAAUGCUUUAUACGCAUUGUGUAACACAUUGCCUGGUUGGGAUAAGCUAUAUUGACUUUUCAGUAUGAACCCACAUUGAUUGGAAACAUGGCACCACUGUGUGUUUGCAAAUGGUUGGUUAGCUUCUACAGUGCAAAUUGUCCCCCACCGAUGAAAUUGGGAGGGGGACUAUGGAUCUGUCUCCGUCUGGACAUACGUUAGUACGUACAGUUGAAGUCGAAGUUUACAUACACCUUAGCCAAAUACAUUUAAACUCAGUUUUCGACAAUUCCUGACAUUUAAUCCUAGUAAAAAUUACCUGUCUUAGGUCAGUUAGGAUCACCGCUUUAUUUUGAGAAUGUGAAAUGUCAGAAUAAUAGGAGAGAUUUAUUUCAGCUUUUAUUUCUUUCAUCACAUUCCCAGUGGGUCAGAAGUUUACAUACGCUCAAUUAGUAUUUGGUAGCAUUGCCUUUAAAUUGUUUAACUUGGGUCAAACGUUUCGGGUAGCCUUCCACAAGCUUCCCACAAUACGUUGGGUGAAUUUUGGCCCAUUCCUCCUGACAGAGCUGGUGUAACUGAGUCAGGUUUGUAGGCCCCAUUGCUCGCCCACGCUUUUUCAGUUCUGCCCACAAAUGUUCUAUAGGAUUGAGGUCAGGGCUUUGUGAUGGCCACUCCAAUACCUUGAUUUUGUUGUCCUUAAGCCAUUUUGCCACAACUUUGGAAGUAUGCUGGGGGUCAUUGUUCAUUUGGAAGACCCAUUUGCAACCAAGCUUUAACUUCCUGACUGAUGUCUUGAGAUGUUGUUUCAAUAUAUCCACAUAAUUUUCCUUCCUCAUGAUGACAUUUAUUUUGUGAAGUGCACCAGACCCUCCUGCAACAAAGCACCCCCAAAGCAUGAUGCUGCCACCCCCGUGCUUCACGGUUGGGAUGUUGUUCUUCGGCUUGCAAGCAUCCCCCUUUUUCCUCCAAACAUGACGAUGGUCAUUAUGGCCAAACAGUUCUAUUUUUGUUUCAUCAGACCAGACGAAAUUUCUCCAAAAAGUACGAUCUUUGUCCCCAUGUGCAAACCGUAGUCUGGCUUUUUUAUGGCGGUUUUGGAGCAGUGGCUUCUUCUUUGCUGAGCGGCCUUUCAGGUUAUGUCGAUAUAGGACUAAUUUUACUGUGGAAAUAGAUACUUUUGUACCUGUUUCCUCCAGCAUCUUCACAAGGUCCUUUGCUGUUGUUCUGGGAUUGAUUUGCACUUUUCGCACCAAAGUACGUUCAUCUCUAGGAGACAGUACGCGUCUCCUUCCUGAGCGGUAUGACGGCUGCGUGGUCCCAUGGUGUUUAUACUUGCGUACUAUUGUUUGUACAGAUGAACGUGGUACCUUCAGGCAUUUGGAAAUUGCUCCCAAGGAUGAACCAGACUUGUGGAGGUCUAUCAUUUUUUUCUGAGGUCUUUGCUGAUUUCUUUAGAUUUUCCCAUGAUGUCAAGCAAAGAGGCACUGAGUUUGAAGGUAAGCCUUGAAAUACAUGCACAGGUACACCUCCAAUUGACUCAAAUGAUGUCAAUUAGCCUAUCAGAAGCUUCUAAAGCCAUGACAUCAUUUUCUGGAAUUUUCCAAUCUGUUUAAAGGCACAGUCAACUUAGUGUAUGUAUACUUCUGACCCACUGGAAUUGUGAUACAGUGAAUUAUAAGUGAAAUAAUCUGUUUGUAAACAAUUGUUGGAAAAAUUACUUGUGUCAUGCACAAAGUAGAUGUCCUAACCGACUUGCCAAAACUAUAGUUUGUUAACAAGAAAUUAGUGGAGUGGUUGAAAAACAAGUUUUAAUGACUCCAACCUAAGUGUAAACUUCUGACUUCAACUGUACGUCACACGCGAUAUCUCAGACAUCACUGGCCCGAUUUUGGCAUUCACAAAAUUACACUCAUUGGCCCAAGGGGGGAGCUGCAUCACUCAUGGGGGAUGACAUGUUUACUGUUGCCUUGUUAAGAGAGAGAGUUUGUUUUACUGUUCUUCGACAAGGCAUUGUACAAGCUGAACUGUGAGUACAAAUUACUUUUUAAAUUGAGCUAAAACACAGUAAACAGAAGACAUAAGUGAGCUGAGGCAGUUACAGUGAGGGAAAAAAGUAUUUGAUCCCCUGCUGAUUUUGUACGUUUGCCCAUUGACAAAGAAAUGAUCAGUCUAUCAUUUUAAUGGUAGGUUUAUUUGAACAGUGAGAGACAGAAUUACAACAAAAAAAUCCAGAAAAAUGCAUGUAAAAAAUGUUAUACAUUUAUUUCCAUUUUAAUGAGGGAAAUAAGUAUUUGACCCCCUCUCAAUCAGAAAGAUUUCUGGCUCCCAGGUGUCUUUUAUACAGGUAACGAGCUGAGAUUAGGAGCACACUCUCCUAAUCUCAGCUUGUUAUCUGUAUAAAAGACACCUGUCCACAGAAGCAAUCAAUCAAUCAGAUUCCAAACUCUCCACCAUGGCCAAGACCAAAGAGCUCUCCAAGGAUGUCAGGGACAAGAUUGUAGACCUACACAAGGCUGGAAUGGGCUACAAGACCAUCGCCAAGCAGCUUGGGGAGAAGGUGACAACAGUUGGUGCGAUUAUUCGCAAAUGGAAGAAACACAAAAUAACUGUCAAUCUCCCUCGGCCUGGGGCUCCAUGCAAUAUCUCACCUCGUGGAGUUGCAAUGAUCAUGAGAACGGUGAGGAAUCAGCCCAGAACUACACGGGAGGAUCUUGUCAAUGAUCUCAAGGCAGCUGGGACCAUAGUCACCAAGAAAACAAUUGGUAACACACUACGUCGUGAAGGACUGAAAUCCUGCGGCGCCCGCAAGGUCCCCCUGCUCAAGAAAGCACAUUUACAGGGCCGUCUGAAGUUUGCCAAUGAACAUCUGAAUGAUUCAGAGGAGAACUGUGUGAAAGUGUUGUGGUCAGAUGAGACCAUAAUGGAGCUCUUUGGAUCAACUCAACUCGCCGUGUUUGGAGGAGGAGGAAUGCUGCCUAUGACCCCAAGACACCAUCCCCACCGUCAAACAUGGAGGUGGAAACAUUAUGCUUUUGGGGUGUUUUUCUGCUAAGGGGACAGGACAACUUCACCUCAUCAAUGGGACGAUGGACGGGGCCAAGUACCGUCAAAUCUAGGGUGAGAACCUCCUUCCCUCAGCCAAGGCAUUGAAAAUGGGUCGUGGAUGGGUAUUCCAGCAUGACAAUGACCCAAAACACACGGCCAAGGCAACAAAGGAGUGGCUCAAGAAGAAGCACAUUAAGGUCCUGGAGUGGCCUAGCCAGUCUCCAGACCUUAAUCCCAUAGAACAUCUGUGGAGGGAGCUGAAGGUUUGAGUUGCCAAACGUCAGCCUCAAAACCUUAAUGACUUGGAGAAGAUCUGCAAAGAGGAGUGGGACAAAAUCCCUCCUGAGAUGUGUGCAAACCUGGUGGCCAACUACAAGAAACGUCUGACCUCUGUGAUUUCCAACAAGGGUUUUGCCACCAAGUACUAAGUCAUGUUUUGCAGAGGGGUCAAAUUCAUAACAUUUUUGACAUGCGUUUUCUGGAUUUUGUUGUUGUUAUUCUGUCUCUCACUGUUCAAAUAAACCUACCAUUAAAAUUAUAGACUGAUCAUUUCUUUGUCAGUGGGAAAACGUACAAAAUCAGCAGGGAAUCAAAUACUUUUUUCCCUCACUGUAAGUCACAUAGUAGAUACAGUAUUCCUCCUGCCUCCCUGCCGUUUGUAUCAUCUUUGCUAACUUACUCUCUUGUGGUGUGUUGGUCUGUCCUCGCAGGUUAAAAAUGAGCAACGAGGAGAUCAAGAGGGCCAUUCUAGAGAUGGACGAGCGGGAAGAGCUAGCCAAGGACAUGCUGGAGCAGGUAAUUUAUCCUCCAUAAAAUAAAAUAAAUAAAUAAAUUAUAUUUGAAAAUAACUAUUGUUUCAUACCUUGAUUACAUUGAGACACGAUCACGUCUCUUUUUUUUUAUUUGUGGGAAUAUUUCGGAAAAUAUUUCCUAAAUUAAAUUCAUUUUUAGCUGAAUUCCUGGUGAUUUAAGACUUUUUUUACCUAAAACUACCCCCCCCCCAAAAAAAAAAAUCACUUGCGGGAACGUUUUGGCCCGCGGGCCGCCUAUUGCCGACCCCUGCUCUACAAGAUCAUCAGCAGACCCAUCACCAUAAUUUACUCCUGCUCAAGCCAUGAACCUCUCCAGAGGAUGCAGCAUUCAAAGACUUGGCCCCUAUUGGUUGACCUGACCUGUCAUGAUAUAUUGCUUGUUUGUUUGUUAGUUUUUUGCUUAUGGAGCGCAAUGAGAUUUCUAUUAUGAAAAUAAGUUGAAUCUAUUAUUAAUAUUAUUAUGAAAGGGGUAGUUCAGUAUUUUACAUCUUAAUGUUAGAUGGUUCCUCACCCAAGUAGACUAGGGACCAGGAUAAACUGUAAUCCAUGGUUUGGUUUUUCUUUAAAUGCCAAAUCAACUCAAAUCAACUCAGUAUUUGGUUUGAUGUUACUUAAAGGUGAUUUGUUCAUAAAAAAAAAAAAACAUUGCUCUGUUGCCCCUAUCACUUCCAUUGAUUGUUAGCAAGUGGUGGCUAAAGUUAGCUUGUGGCUGUUUAAAGAAAAAACCCAUAGUCACAGUCGUACACUCAGGAAAGCGAAAAAUUAUUCAUUUUGCCUGGCAGACUUUUAUGCAAAGUGAGUCUUGUGGCGUGCACAGACAUAGACAAAAGAAAAUCAGGUUAAUGCUUUGCUUAGCUCCACAACAAUAAAGUAAACCACAUGAGAAUUAAGCCACUUCCUGGCUACCUCCACUUCCUGGCUACAUCCCAAUUCUUCUCUCUUAUCCAAAGUGUGCACUUGCACACUCCCGUCAUGGAUUUAACACUUGUGGAAACUCCUUCCAGCCAAUGCUCACACCAAUUCAAUGCUUUUAAAUCCUUUACUGGAAGUGUGCAAGUGCACACUUUGGAAGAAGGGUGGAGAAUCGUUUUGGCAUCUACUUAAGUAUAACUCAUAAUAUCAGACUUAAGAUAUGUACCUGUAUACAUAACUGUAGAUUAGGCUACGGCCACACCGACGAAUGAACAUGGAUAAAGUCAUAUAUACGUUAAUCAGUUGUCCAUUUCUGUCCGUCAAAAGUUAAACUCACGUCAACUAGUUUAAUACAAAAGUGAAUACAGCACAAAGGCCCGUGCUUGUUUUAGAUGGUCAAUGGAGAUGAUUUCCCAUCAAAAAACGCACAAUGUGGCUAUAAGGAUUACUCCCAUUAGCUCAAUAUGUAAUUUUCAGACACAAAAGCUGCGGCCUACAGAAAAAAAAAUACUGUAUUUGGGGAGGAACCAGGACUAUACAGUAAAAUUACACAAAUGAUGAUAUGAAUGCAGGGAUACAAAUUCAAUUAAUCAAUCGUGUAUUGCUAACUACAUUGAGAUUUCUUAGGUGCAUUAUAAGAAAACUUGGGUUUGUUUUGAGUUCCUCCUGGGUUUGUGCUUGUGUAGCUGCUGAAGUUUGUCCCUGAGAAGAGUGACAUUGACCUCCUGGAAGAGCACAAACACGAGCUGGAGCGCAUGGCCCGUGCUGACCGCUUCCUCUUCGAGAUGAGCAGGUGAGCUCCGCCAUUUUGCUAACACUCCACUUCCAAUGAGAUUCUGGGUUUGUGUAGUCUAAGUCUAUUAAUUCUUAUGAGUUUUUUGUGUUCUAUUUUUUUAAAGACUGCUUCACUCAAUCAAAUGUAUUUGUAAAAGCCCUUUUUAUACUAGCAGUUGUCACAAAGUGCUUUUUUCAAAGGAUAUUGUGGCCUUCGAGUUUACUAGUUAUGAGUAAAAAAGAAACGACUUACAGAGCAGUUCCCCUUCAUACAAAACAAUGUGACAUAGUCAAUUGAAUUUGCAUAUCCCCACUUGACGAGGCCUAAUUCCAAAGAAAAUGUGGUCUCAUUGCAAGUGUAUAUUAUCAAGCAAACAUCAACUUUACACAUACAUGUGUACAUUAAUGGAUACAUGAAACAUUUGCAUUGCAUUGUGCAUGAUGCCGAGUGCUUUAUUAUGACAUGGACAGUAUGUAGGCAAACUGCAGAUUUAGUCAUUUAGUCAUUGUCAUUCUUGUUGUUCGUAAACAAUGGAGUAAUACAAGCUUAUUUUGGGUUCUGAUGAGGUAAAUGCAGUUGAACUAAGCUCAUGAGGCAUUUAUAAGUUAUAUUCUUCAAGAAUCAAUGGCAAUCAUCCACCUGAAAGUAAAAAAAAUGGAUGAACCACUCGCAUCUUAAAUCGGUAAUGCUGCUACUUUUUUGUUGUUUUAAAUGACAAAGUUUCAUCCCGACUUACCGUGUGUGCCCUCCUCGGUGUUUGUCCUUGAUAAUUAAACUUUUUUUUGUUUCGUAAAAUAUUAGUCCGCCGGUCUUCCCUUUCGUCCCCCGGGGACUUCCCUGUUUUCCUUUUUUGCCAUUCAAUGUCUUUGGUCCUCCUUUGAAAUCAGCCUCCCUCCCUCCCUCUCGUAACUUCGGAUAUGUCUUAUAUGGCCCUCUGUAAACUCGCUGAGCUGAUGGGAGCCCAUUAUACGAUGAAAGCCCAAGUGAAAAAUGAGAAAGAGGAUAUAUUUUGGAGGGAGCAUGCUUUCUUUGCUCGUUUUGAAAUGACUCUCCCCCGGGGACAACUUUAACUCUAACUCCUAACUCUUUUUUGUCUGUUUCUUUUCUCUAUCCCGUCCUUUCAUCCCAUCUCUAGAAUUGACCACUACCAGCAGAGACUUCAGGCCCUGUUCUUCAAGAAGAAGUUUGCAGAGCGCCUGGCAGAAACCAAGCCCAAGGUCGAAGGUACGAUUGAGUAGCUAGUCAAAGACACUCGGGCCCUGUGGUCCUGUGUGGCUCAGUUAGUAAGUGUAUGGCCCUAGCGACGCCAGGGUCAUGGGUUUGAUUCCUUCUGGGGCCACCCAUACAAAAGCCUCUGCCAAAGAGCAUAUCUUAAUUCGGAUUCACUUUUUUUGAUUUGGGUACAUUGAAUGUGCUUGAAAAGGCUCCUAUAGAUUAACUGAAAUCGCAGAGGAAAUGUGAGGAGAGUAGUCAUCAGACUAUUAAAUGUGAAUAAAUAGGCCCUAGUUAUCUGUGGUGAAACCACAAUGUAGAGAAAGAUCUAGUAGGAGUAGAGGAAUUGUCAAUAAGUCUGUUAAUUAGACAUUUAGCAAAGCAUUUCUCUGAGCUCUUUGUGUUUGUGAGCAUGUGUGUGUGUGCGGUAUGUGUGAGUUAUGUGUGUGUGUGUGUGCACACAUGCACGUGAACGUGUGCGUGCAUGCCCAUGUGUGUGUUUGGACCGCAUAUGGACCGUUUGUGGACUUUUCCUCCAGUUGAAAUAAAGAGCGAAGUUACCAGGGAGGCUGUUUUGGAAAGCUGGCACUUGUUGAGAGGGGAGAGGCGUUCUCAUAAUCAUUGCUGUUCCCUUCUAAAAGCUGCAUGGGUAAAGGCUUUCAGAAAAAGGCAUGCAGUACACACACUUUGUGCGUGUGUGUGUGCAUGUGUGUGAGAGAUAGAGAGUGUGCGUGAGAAUGUGUGUGUGUUUUUGUGUGUGUAUUUGUCUGUGAUGUCAGUGUCCGUGUGCAUGUGUGAGAAUGUGUGCUUGUAUGUGUGUGCUUGCACUUGUUUUAGAAGUUACCUUAGAGGUUUCUAAUCAGGCUUAUGACAUUAAGACAUGCACACUUUAAUAACAUUUGAAUAAGUUACAAGUUGAAGUCGGAAGUUUACAUACACCUUAGCCAAAUACAUUUAAACUCAGUUUUUCAAAAUUCCUGACAUUUAAUCCUAGUAAAAAUUCCCUGUCUUAGGUCAGUUAGGAUCACCACUUUAUUUUAAGAAUGUGAAAUGUCUGAAUAAUAGUAGAGAGAAUGAUUUAUUUCAGCUUUUAUUUCUUUCAUCACAUUCCCAUUGGGUCAGAAGUUUACAUACACUCAGUUAGUAUUUGGUAGCAUUGCCUUUCAAUUGUUUAACUUCGGUCAAACGUUUCAGGUAGCCUUCCACAAGCUUCCCACAAUAAGUUGGGUGAAUUUUGGCCCAUUCCUCCUGACAGAGCUGGAGUAACUGAGUCAGGUUUGUAGGCCUCCUUGCUCGCACACACUUUUUCAGUUCUGCCCACACAUUUUCUAUAGGUUUGAGGUCAGGGCUUUUGUGAUGGCCACUCCAAUACCUUGACUUUGUUGUCCUUAAGCCAUUUUGCCAACUUUGGAAGUAUGCUUGGGGUCAUUGUCCAUUUGGAAGACCCAUUUGCGACCAAGCUUUAACUUCCUGACUGAUGUCUUGAGAUGAGUUGCUUCAAUAUAUCCACAUAAUUUUCCUUCCUCAUGAUGACAUAUAUUUUGUGAAGUGCACCAGACCCUCCUGCAGCAAAGCACCCCCAAAGCAUGAUGCUGUCACCCCCUGUACUUCACGGUUGGGAUGGUGUUCUUCGGCUUGCAAGCAACCCCCUUUUUCCUCCAAACAUAACAAUGGUCAUUAUGGCCAAACAGUUAUAUUUUUGUUUCAUCAGACCAGAGGCCAUUUCUCCAAAAAGUAUGAUCUUUGUCCCCAUGUGCAGUUGCAAACCGUAGUCUGGCUUUUUUAUGGCGGUUUUGGAGCAGUGGCUUCUUCCUUGCUGAGCGGCCUUUCAGGUUAUGUCGAUAUAGGACUCGUUUUACUGUGGAUAUAGAUACUUCUGUACCUGUUUCCUCCAGCAUCUUCACAAGGUCCUUUGCUGUUGUUCUGGGAUUGAUUUGCACUUCACGCACCAAAGUACGUUCAUCUCUAGGAGACAGAACGCGUCUCCUUCCUGAGCGGUAUGACGGCUGCGUGGUCCCAUGGUGUUUAUACUUGCGUACUAUUGUUUGUAUAGAUGAACGUGGUACCUUCAGGCGUUUGGAAAUUGCUCCCAAGGAUGAACCAGACUUGUGGAGGUCUACCAUUUUUUUUCUGAGGUCUUGGCUGAUUUCUUUUGAUUUUUCCAUGAUGUCAAGCAAAGAGGCACAGAGUUUGAAAGUAGGCCUUGAAAUACAUCCACAGGUACACCUCCAAUUGACUCAAAUUAUGUCAAUUAGCCUAUCAGAAGCUUCUAAAGCCAUGACAUCAUUUUCUGGAAUUUUCCAAGCUGUUUAAAGGCACAGUCAAUUUAGUGUAUGUAAACUUCUGACCCACUGGAAUUGUGAUACAGUGAAUUAUAAAUUAAAUAAUGUCCAUGUAAACAAUUGUUGGGAAAAUUACUUCUGUCAUGCACAAAGUAGAAGUCCUAACCGACAUGCCAAAACUAUAAACAAGAAAUUGUAUGGAGUGGUUGAAAAACGAGUUUUAAUGACUCCAACCUAAGUGAAUGUAAACUUCCGACUUCAACUGUAUAAGACAAGUAAUCCUGUCAUAACCUCAGAGCCAACGGAGGAAAUAAGCAGCCCUUAAACAGUGGAAUUUAUUUUACCUCUCAUUCUAUGAUGUCCAUGCAGGGUGGGGACAGUUUGUGGGUUCUGGAAUGGAACGAGGCAGAUACUGUACAAGCAUGAUUCAGUCAUGUAAUUAUUGACUAUGUCUAUAUUUCACAAAAUAUCUGCUUAAUACUGCAUCUGGAAGUUUUUGAAGUGAUUUGAUGUAUUUUGACAAUGGCUUCAAAAAAUAAAUAUCACUCUUUGCAGUAGGUGGUUCUUCUCUACCUUUUCACUAAACCUGAUUCCGCUCACUUCUCAAUUGUCAUUGUCAGAAGUAGACAGGAGUAGAGGAAACGUCAAGGGGUCAGGUUGUUGACGUCUAUGAAGCAUCUAUGAACUGCUUAGGCAGGGGAUGAUGUUGUGUCUCAUUUCAAAUAUCCCCACUACCACAUUGGCUCCACCUGACCUGUGUCGUGUAUGGGGUUCAACGCCACCGAACAUUCAGAUAGAAAUACAUCAUGUAGAAUAUACAUCCUCCUCUGUCUUGGUAGGUCAUCUCUGAGACAUUUCUAUCUGCAACAAAAAAGUUGUGCCCUCCUGAACUCAACUCUGGUUACUGUAUGAGUUGCGUUCUGUCAUAGUGGAUCAAGAGUGAGUUUUUUUGGGGGGGGUCUGUCAUUGCAUCCAUAGCUAUGUCUAUGAAUUUGAGAUUGGUAAAAUCUCUUCAGCCCCAUCUCUCAGCUAUUUACCAAAACAGUGGUGGGAUAACAGCUUUGUUGUUUGAGCUGCAGAUUGACCCUUUAAAGUGAAGAAAGAAGUAGACAGAAUUAUGAAUGGGUUGCUCUGAAGAGAUGCGGCCCGUUCUGUGAUGUCAACUCUCACUCCAGGGAAAGAUAGCUUAGGAUGGGGAUGGUUUUUGUUCCACUAGUAGUGUGUCAGAUGUGUAUUGUGGUUUUGUUUCUUUUAAGUCAAAGAAACAAUCUCUCUCCUUCCCUUGCGUUUGAGGAUUAACCGUUUAGCUAUUAUGGACAUCUUGCAUAUUGAUUGUAGUCUGUGGAAUAGCUAUCAUGACGCGUUGUUAAUUGCCCUCUCUCUCUCUCUCUCUCUCUCUCUCUCUCUCUCUCUCUCUCUCUCUCUCUCUCUCUCUCUCUCUCGCUGGUGUUUGAGGUUGAACCCUCAGCUAAGAUGUCAUGGAUGUAGUCUAUGGGAAGAUCUCAAUUGCAUACUCCUCGCAUCCUCUCACCUCGUCUCCUUCUCAAAACCCAUUGGAGGAGGUCAGAGGGGCGGGACCUCUGGCUUUCUCAUCCAAUGGGUUUUGAGAAGGAGACGAUGAGAGAGGAGAGAGGACGCGAGGAGUAUGCAAUUGAGAUCUUCACCAUGUUAUAGCUAUCACGAAAGAUUGCAAUUGUUCUCUCUCCCUGGAGUUUGAGGUUCAAACCUUAACUACUAUGGACGUCUUUCGUUAUUGAAUGCAGUCUGUGAAAGCUAUCACGAUGCAUUGCAAUUGUUCUCUCACCCCCUCUCCCUCUCCCUCUCUCUCAACCCCCCUCCCCCCUACCUCUCUCAGCCAUACUGAGUGCCUCAAAGGAGGUGGUCCGCAGUAAGAGGUUGACUCAGACCCUGGAGGUGGUCCUGGCCUUCGGUAACUUCAUGAACAAAGGCCAGCGGGGCAACGCCUACGGCUUCAAGGUGUCAUCCCUCAACAAGAUUGCAGACACCAAGUCCAGCAUAGACAGGUCAGAGCGGGCAGAGAGAGGGGUUAACUAACGGUUGCACAACCACAGAGGGGUGGUGGGCAGAGAUUUGCAGAUCAAAUGUGUGUGUGAGAGUGUGUUUGUAAGGGUGAGAGAGAGUGUGUUGGAGAAAGUGUGUGUGUGUGUGUGUGUGUGUGUGUGAGAGAGUGAGAGUGUGCUUUCAAUUACAUGUGUGUUCUCUCAAUUACAUGUGUGUGCUAUCGCUGUCCAUGCUAAUGUGUGUUGAAACAGGAACAUCACCAUGUUGCACUACCUAAUCAUGAUCUUUGAGAAGAACUACCCCGACAUCCUCCACAUCCAGCAGGACCUGCUCAGCAUACCUGAGGCUGCCAAAGUCAAGUAAGUACCCACCGCCUGGCUGACACAGAUCUAGGAUCAGUUUACCUCAUACCGAAUCCUAACCUUAACCAUUAGGGAGCGCACACAAAACUGACCUUAGAUCAGUGUCUAAACGCAACUUUAUCCUACACUUUACUGAGGUACCAUUCAAAAGCUAUUUGAAAUACAGCGCUGCUCUAUGGGAACGCAAGGGAGAGGUUUCUCUUAGCCACAGAUCUAGGAUUAGAUUUUAUUACCCCAAUGCACUUUAUUAAAGAAUAUCAGACAUCUGAACGUCUUCCUUUUCUCAACCAGUCUGGCUGAGCUGGAGAAAGAGGUGCACAACAUCAAGAGUGGACUGAAGGCUAUAGAGACGGUGAGUUGUCAAUAAUGUGUGUGUGUCUGUCUCUAUAUGUGUGUGCGUGUGACGCGCAUCUGGCGACUGUCUCUCUCUAUGUCUUUAUUUACUACACACACUACACACACACACACACAUAUUCCUCUGUAAUACCUCCUUCACUUAAGAGAAAUAAUAAGACAUGACUAAUAUGACUUGACCGAAAAAGUGGGUGAAAAAGAAAGUGAAAUGAUAACAUCCCUCUCUCCCCCUUCAGGAGCUGCAGUACCAGCAGAGCAGGACGAGGGACCGAGGGGACAAGUUUGUCCCCGUGGUGGGGGACUUCAUCACAGUGGCCAGCUUCAGCUUCUCCGAGCUAGAAGACCUUCUGAACGAGGCCAAGGACAAGGUAGAAACCCUGACCUUUAACCUCUCAACCCUUACCAUCCCCCUGGCCCUAAUCAUACGAUUUUAAAUGAGGCCAAGGACAAGGUAGUGUCACCUCUCAACCAUGAACAUUAAUGGCUCCAAUCCCAUUCAAAAUACUCUUGCCAAACCAGUUUGAGACAGAGUGGAGUUGGUGGUGGGUAAGAGAGGGAAAAGAAUGGGAGAGGGAGCCAAAAAAGGAAAGAGAGGAACCUUUGUGCAUCUUUCCAACCCUGUGUGAUGACUUAAACAGGCUGGGGAACCCCGAUGUUGGAUUGUUUUCCCUCUGUUUUCAGAUUUAUUCCUGUUGAAAUGUAGUUGGUCUCCUUUGUAAAUUCCUUCUUUCAAGGGCAUGAGAGGAAGGCUUUUUGAACUCUGUAGGGGGCGAAGGGUUUUAGUGGAGUGCGUAUGAGAGUGUUUGAGUGGGAAGGCAGUUUUGCAGUAUUCUUCGAUGAUGCAUAUGUUUGUCGGUGAGUCACAUGACCAUGAGGAUUGAUGUGGUGUAUGUGUGCGUGCGUAAAGGAUGGAAAGAGGGAGGGAGAAAGAGACAGACGGAGAGAGAGAAAAAGACAGGGAAGGGCACUCAUUGCCAUCACAGAGCCUCGUCUGUGUUAGCGUCUGUACUCCUAAUUAUUUGUUCAAGGAGCGCUGUAAAAAGGAGGGAAAAAACUGGUCGUUUAGGACGUCACAGGAAAAGGCACGAGCCAAAGCUCCAUUUGCUGCCAUAAAACAAAACAACCUCUGUGUGCACCAGGCCAGACUCUAUAUAACCCUCUUGCCUCAGAGCUGUGUGUGCAUGUGUAUGUGUUGGGGAGUGGAUGAGUCAACGUGUAGGUUCCUCAAUAUCCAUGGAAAUGGGGUGUGUGUGUGUGUGUGUGUGUGUGUGUGUGUGUGUGUGUGUGUGUGGUUUGCUUAGUAAAGUAAUACUUAUUUUCCACCAUAAUUUGCAAAUAAAUUCAUUAAAAAUCCUACAAUGUGAUUUUCUGGAUUUUUUUUUCUAAUUUUGUCUGUCAUAGUUGACGUGUUCCUAUGAUGAAAAUUACAGGCCUCUCUCAUCUUUUUAAGUGGGAGAACUUGUACAAUUGGUGGCUGACUAAAUACUUUUUUUCCCCCACUGUAUACUGGACACAGAGACAUAAAAAUGGUUUCCACAAGUUCAUCUGACUCUGGGGAAGUAGAUUGCCAAAAUCCUGAAGUAUCCCUUUAAAUUGAUCAGUGUUCAAUGACUAUGUACAUAGGGCAGCAGUCCGUAAGUUGCAAUGUAGAGUACCCGGUGGUAGCCGGCUAGUGACAGUGACUGAGGUUCAAAGUAAGGUACUGGGCAGAGGGCAGGGUACUAGGCGGAGGCCGUCUAGUGAUGGAUGUUUAACAGUCUGAUGGCCUGGGGAUAGAAGCUGUUUAUCAGUCUCUCGGUCCCAGCUUUGAUGCAUCUGUACAGUUUCCGCCUUCUAGAUGGUAGUGGGGUGAACAGGCCAUGGCUCAGGUGGCUGAGGUCUUCUUGGCCUUCCUGUGACACCGGGUGCUGUAGAUGGCCUGGAGGGCAGGCAGUGUGCCUCCGAUUGUGCGUUGGGCUGACCACACCACCCUCUGGAGAGCCCUGCGGUUGCAUACAGUGCAUUUGCCGUACCAGGCGGUGAUACAGCCCAACAGGAUGCUCGCAAUGGUGCACCUGUAGAAGUUUGUGAGGAUCUUAGGGGCCAAGACUGAUUUCUUUAGCCUCCUGAGGUUGAAGAGACACAGUUGCGCCUUCUUCACCACACUGUCUGUGGAAAGGGACCAUUUCAGGUCCUCUGUGAACCUGAAGCUUUUAACCCUCUCCACUGCAGCCCUGUCGAUGUGGAUGGGAGCGUGCUCUCUCUGCUGUCUCCUGUAGUCCAUGAUCAGAUCCUUUGUUUUGUUGACUUUGAGGAAGAGGUUAUUUUCCUGGCACCACUACGCCAAGGCACUGUUAAUCAGGCCUACUUUUGUCAUCAGCAAACUUGAUGAUUGAGUUGGAGACAUGCAUGGCCACACAGUCAUGGGUGAACAGGUACUAAAGGAGCGGGCUGAGCAAGCACCCCUGUGGGACCCCCGUGUUGAUGAUCAGCGUGGCGGAGGGGUUGUUGCCUACCUCCACCACCUGGGUAGGCACCUGAGUACCAAUUUAUCUUACCAUUUCUACCGAUCUGCGUGCCAGUUAUGAUUUUCAUAUGCACAUUUUUGUCAUGUGAUUAAUAAGAAUUCUAAAUCUAAAUAAAAAUUAUACAAAUCUAAAAGUAACUUCUAUUGCCAUUGCCAACCAUGUAAAAAUAGCCUACAUAAAGCCAACAAAUAAAAACAUUGCAGCCUGCAGGUAGAAAAUAUCACAUUGGCUACUUGGAACUUGAAACAUUGUAUCAACAGCCCGAAGCUUGCACUAACAAACUUGCAACAUUGUAUAAAAUAUUCUGGACCCUCAGAGUUUUCUGCACUAGUGAGGUCCGGACAGACACAGCUGUAAGCUAUUUGCGCAAGGGAUAAGAAGUAAUCAAGUAGGCCUAUUUUAUGACGUUUCCACCUGAUCAGAGCAUUAUUUUAUUUUUUUUGGCUUAGUGAUUAUCAAAAGGGAGAGAGCUGGAAAGAGUUUUAAAAUAGGCUACAUUGAUGAACUAUUGUCAUUCUCAAUGGAUGUAAAAACAGACUUUGUUUGAGAAGCUCCACAGCUCAUUAGUGGUGGUGAGUUAAGACAAUCAGAAAUACUAUCAGAUACCCAAAUAGGAAAAGUUAUAAGCCUACAUUUGCACGCAGGCCAGGUAGCCUAGGCCUACUUCUAUGCAUAAGCAGGUGCGCGUCCUUACUUAACAUUGACAGGAGUGCUCCAAACAAAACACAAUUCAUAAAUUGACAUCUCGUAAAUGGAAUGAAAUAAACCAAAACCUGUUUCUCACAAGCCUAGGUUGUGCGCUCUGCAAACAACUUUUCCACUCCGAGAAUGAGAACUGUAAAAGACUGUAAUAAUAAAAUAUUGAAUGCAUUAACAGAAAUUACGGUAACCAAACAAACAUUGUAGAUUAGAAAUUAUGGGAAUGAAUGGUAAAUGUACUACUAGUGAUACUGGUGUGGCAUCCCCACGGCCUCCACAAUGGAUUAGUCCACUGAGACAGGCAUCAAUCAAGACGUGCCGUUUUUUUUGCAACUGCUUGACUAAAAUAUUGUUGGUCGACCAACAGCCUAGCGACCAAACAAUCGACCAGUCGACUAAUGGGGUCAGCGCUAGUUUCUGAUUAACCCAGUCACUAAGUCAGUGUAUACAUCAAUAUUAUUCCCAGAGGCGGCCCAGAACAUAUCCCAGUCCGCAUGAUCAAAACAAUCUUAAAGCAUAGAUUGAGCUAUUGGUCAGACCACCGUUGAACAGUCCUUACCACGGGUGCUUCCUGCUUAAGUUUCCGCCUAUAGGCAAGGAGAAGCAGGUGGUCAGAUUUCCCAAAGGGUGGGGGAGGGCCUUUUAGCCGUCCCGGAAGGGAGAGUAGCAAUGGCCAAGAAUUUUAGCGCUGCAAAAUUUCUGAGGGUUUUCCUCAAAUUUCAUUUAUUAAAGUCCCCAGCUACAAUAAAGGUAUGCGGUUUCCAGUUUGCACAAAGUCGAGUGUAGUUCCUUGAAUGCCGUCGCGGUGUUGGCUUGUGGGGAAUGUACAUGGCAGCUAUUUAAACUCGCACCAAAAACUUGGCAGGCUAGCUGGGCACAGAUUGGAAAGGGAGCGGAACGUUGGGACAACUGUACACGGCAAUGACUAUAACCGGAAAAAAUUAUCCCGGGGGGGUAAUGCGGUCAUCCAACCUGGGAUUUGAACCUACAAUGUUGGGGUAAACAGACCAACGUCUAAACAACUACACCAUACAACCACCUCUCAACAGUCUACAUUCCUAGCUAUAUAAACUCGCACCAAGGGGGAAAGGGGAGCAGAACGUCAGGGUUGAACUUUGGGACAACUGUUUGACAAGCUGUCGGGAAUGUCAGCUUAAAGGGUGAGGGAAUCAGUUACAGGGCAGCGGGCACUAACUAAGGAGCCAUUGUGGGGCAGAAUUUGGCGCAGUCAUUCAGAAAGCCUCUGGCUCCUCACUGCCCCGAGAGUUGAGGGAACAUGGGAUGUACCAAAAAUGAAGAAUUCAGGAAGGGUUUCUAUUCUAAUCAAAUGCCUGAAUGAGUUUGAUUGAUUUCAUUAUUAUUAGUGUCUUGCAUCUUUUCAAGAGAUUUCAAGAGUAGUUGAUCAAUUGUGUCAAGCAUUUUACUGCUGGGCUGGAACAAAUGCUUGUGCACCAUGUUGCUCUCCAGGACCAGGAUCGGUGACCACUGUACUAUAUGAGGAGUCCCAUGACUCUCAUCAGUAGCACAAUAUGUUCUAUGUUCCCACAAGUGUCCAAAUUGUUUCAAAGUGAUUCCUUCUUGUCUUGUUUCCUUCAUGACGGCUAACCUGAAAACCCUUAACCGUUGUGAAAAAAAUAAAGUUGCAGUGGUAAUAUUGAAAUGGUAAUGAUAUGGUGGAUGCCCAUGUAGCCUUUUCAUCUAUCCACUGUCAUUAAGGAAAGGAAAUGUGGAAGGAGGAUACUUAACAGUCUUGUGAUGUAGCCAGCUACAAACCUCUGUAACAUUUAAUUUUGAUAGUCCCAAGUAGAUGGUUUGUAGAUCUUCAGUAGAUGUUCAAAAACUGUGAACAACAUUUCAACUAUCUAUCCACUAACCAUAGCCCUAACUUGAACACUUACCCAACCCUUAUUCUAAACCUAGCCCUUACCUUAACUUUACCAAGUAUUUGCCUAUCAACAGACAGUUUGUUGAUAGUAUGACCAUCUGUAGAUCAUCGAUAUGGGACUACCUAAAUAAGGUGUGACCCAAACUUCCACUUGCAGAGACCACUUCACACUCUUUUUCAGCACUCCCUGCCCUCACCUCCUCUCUCUCCUCUCCUGUCUCCUCUACCCAUCAUAAAGUCUCCAUGAUUAAUAGCUGCUGCGAAUUAGGACCCCACAGAACUCAGCGGAGUGUGUCGUCUGUGGUAGUAAAAAUCUGUGUUGGACAGAGGGUGGUGUGUGUGCACGUGUUUGUGGAUGCGCGUGCGUGUGCGGGAAUGUGUGGGUGGGAGCCUCAGACUGGCCUCUGCCUGGGGCCUCCAAAUCACUAAGUCCCCCCCUGCUAGGUGUAGAGGAAUCAGGCUUGCUAUAAAACACUCUGUCUAGGUGUAGAGUAAUCUUGGUUAAUCCAUACAUGUUAAGAGAAGAGAGAGAACGAGGAUCGGGACUGGAACGUUACGGGCAAGUCUAUGGGCCAAAUGUCCCGUCCCCUUCCCAAAUCCGAAACGUGAUAAGCCUGCGAAAUCGUGAUUUGUCCAAAGCACCAAUCAGUGUGCGCAUGUGUGUUUCCAUCAAUUUUUUAACAAAUUAAUUCCUACAAUUGUUUGCCUCAAUUGGGAUUUGUUUGAAAUUCCACGGUCCAUGGUAGAGGUGUAUCAAUACCAUUUAUUCCCAAACUAUCUGUAAUUCCAAUGACAAGUUAAACUCAACACACGUAGUACUAAGGAAUUAACACACUGCACACGUUUACAUUUCUGUCACUAGACCUUCAUUAGGGUGAGAUGUGUAAUUUCCAACAUUCCCCAUCCCUCCUCCUCUCUCCCUGUGCAGUUCACCAAGUCGCUGAAGCACUUUGGGGAGGAGCAGGGUCGCAUGCAGCCCGAUGAGUUCUUUGGGAUCUUCGACACGUUCCUGGUGUCGUUCGACGAAGCCAGGCAGGACCUGGAGAACAUGCAGCGCCGCAAGCAGGAGGAGGAAAGGAGAGCACGCAUGGAGGCCAUGGUGAGAGAGAGAGAGAGAGAGAGAGAGAGAGAGAGAGAGAGAGAGAGAGAGAGAGAGAGAGAGAGAGAGAGAGAGAGAGAGAGAGAGAGAGAGAGAGAGAGAGAGAGAGAGAGAGAGAGAGAAUGCAUUGAGGCUAUAGUGAGACACAUACAGUGGGGGGAAAAAAGUAUUUAGUCAGCCACCAAUUGUGCAAGUUCUCCCACUUAAAAAGAUGAGAGAGGCCUGUAAUUUUCACCAUAGGUACAAGUCAACUAUGACAGACAAAUUGAGAAAUGUUUUUCCUGAAAAUCACAUUGUAGGAUUUUUAAUGAAUUUAUUUGCAAAUUAUGGUGGAAAAUAAGUAUUUGGUCACCUACAAACAAGCAAGUUUUCUGGCUCUCACAGACCUGUAACUUCUUCUUUAAGAGGCUCCUCUGUCCUCCACUCGUUACCUGUAUUAAUGGCACCUGUUUGAACUUGUUAUCAGUAUAAAAGACACCUGUCCACAACCUCAAACAGUCACACUCCAAACUCCACUAUGGCCAAGACCAAAGAGCUGUCAAAGGACACCAGAAACAAAAUUGUAGACCUGCACCAGGCUGGGAAGACUGAAUAUGCAAUAGGUAAGCAGCUUGGUUUGAAGAAAUCAACUGUGGGAGCAAUUAUUAGGAAAUGGAAGACAUACAAGACCCCUGAUAAUCUCCCUCGAUCUGGGGCUCCACGCAAGAUCUCACCCCGUGGGGUCAAAAUGAUCACAAGAAUGGUGAGCAAAAAUCCCAGAACCACAUGGGGGGACCUAGUGAAUGACCUGCAGAGAGCUGGGACCAAAGUAACAAAGCCUACCAUCAGUAACACACUACGCCGCCAGGGACUCAAAUCCUGCAGUGCCAGAUGUGUCCCCCUGCUUAAGCCAGUACAUGUCCAGGCCCGUCUGAAGUUUGCUAGAGUGCAUUUGGAUGAUCCAGAAGAGGAUUGGGAGAAUGUCAUAUGUCAGAUGAAACCAAAAUAUAACUUUUUGGUAAAAACUCAACUCGUCGUGUUUGGAGGACAAAGAAUGCUGAGUUGCAUCCAAAGAACACCAUACCUACUGUGAAGCAUGGGGGUGGAAACAUCAUGCUUUGGGGCUGUUUUUCUGCAAAGGGACCAGGACGACUGAUCCGUGUAAAGGAAAGAAUGAAUGGGGCCAUGUAUCGUGAGAUUUUGAGUGAAAACCUCCUUCCAUCAGCAAGGGCAUUGAAGAUGAAACGUGGCUGGGUCUUUCAGCAUGACAAUGAUCCCGAACACACCGCCCGGGCAACGAAGGAGUGGCUUCGUAAGAAGCAUUUCAAGGUCCUGGAGUGGCUUAGCCAGUCUCCAGAUCUCAACCCCAUAGAAAAUCUUUGGAGGGAGUUGAAAGUCCAUGUUGCCCAGCGACAGCCCCAAAACAUCACUGCUCUAGAGGAGAUCUGCAUGGAGGAAUGGGCCAAAAUAAUAGCAACAGUGUGUGAAAAUCUUGUGAAGACUUACAGAAAACGUUUGACCUGUGUCAUUGCCAACAAAGGGUAUAUAAAAAGUAUUGAGAAACUUUUGUUAUUGACCAAAUACUUAUUUUCCACCAUAAUUUGCAAAUAAAUUCAUAAAAGAAAUCCUACAAUGUGAUUUUCUGGAGAAAAAAAAAAUCUCAUUUUGUCUGUCAUAGUUGACGUGUACCUAUGAUGAAAAUUACAGGCCUCUCUCAUCUUUUUAAGUGGGAGAACUUGCACAAUUGGUGGCUGACUAAAUACUUUUUUUCCCACUGUACACACAACAGGAAGGACCUGGAGAAUAUUCAUGACAACAGUCAUGGGAAUGUGGCUUGGAGAACUGGACAAGUCUGGGAACAAGACAGACCUCCAGACAUCCAUCCCCCUGCACUCACACUUACAGACACACAUAGACACAGAACAACCUUGCAGCCUGAGUAAAACCACAUCAUGUUUACGUAGUGAUGUAGAUGAUGAUAAGCAUUUUAGUAAUCUGUAGUAACCUUAAAGUCUGCACUCUGUUCUGCAUUUGUUAAAGAGAUUCUCCGGUACUUUUAUAUACUUUUUAGCCAUGAAAUGUAGGGAAAAUGCCAUGGCACAGCUUUAAGAAAACAGUCGCUUUCAAACUAGGGACUUUGUGGAUAAUUGAGGUAAGACAGUCAUUCUGCUCAUGGAUUAUACAUUUAUGAACUACACAUUGAAACAUCUAGCCCAAAGCGGGAGGUUUAAAAAUACUUUCUUAGGCACCAAAGUACCGGAGCAUGUCUUUAAGAUGUGAAGUCUAGUUUUCUCUGUGUUUUAUUGGUCUGUGUGUGUCAUAUGGUCUGUCUGUUUCUCUCUUUUGUUUUUCUAUCAGCACUUCUAUCUGCUGUUCAACGCUCUGUCUGUCUAUAACUAUGUGUCUCUCUUUCUCCCCCCCUUAUACCUCCCCCCUAUAGCUGAAGGAGCAGCGAGAGCGUGAACGGCGGGCCAAGAAGGGUGGUGCCACAGACGAGGUGGGGGGCGAGUUUGACGACCUGGUGUCGGCGUUGCGCUCCGGUGAGGUCUUCGACAAGGACCUGUCCAAACUCAAGCGCAACCGCAAGCGUUCGGUCAACCAGAUAGUGGAAGGGGGUGGCCGCGAAAGACCGGUCACCAAGGUCAACUAUUAA